AGCUGAGCUGCUGUUGAUGACAGUUUGCUUCAGGCAACCCUGGAGACUAUUGAGUAGAGGGGAGACAACACAGCAAGAGGACAAAAUGGACACUGAUUGCAACUCCGACUAUGAGGAUGGAUCACCUGAUGUCUCUGUAGAAGAAGAGGAGGAAGAUGAGGCCCCAGAAGAGCGGCUCACUAGCAGCAGUUUAAAAAAGCUUAACCAGAAUGAAGAAAUGAAAUCCAAAUCUGAUGCUAUGGACACCAAUCAAAGUGAAGAUAGUGGACUGACGUGGGAGACCAGUUCAAGUAGAUGCUCCACAUCCCAAGCCUCAGAAACCAGUGCUACAUCUGGGGUUUAUAGUAUGGAAAACUAUGUGGAUUCCUCUCCAGGGAAAGCUAAAUGUCUGAUGGAUGAGGGAAAGACUGCUCAGAAAAGAACAAGCAACUCACCUGAACAGGUACCAUUGUCUCCAAAUGAGACAAUAGGACCAGAUGGUAAAAGAUAUGACUUUCCUGGGGGAUCAGUGCAUAUAAAAGCUCAGGAAAGAGAAUUAGAUCCUGCUGAUCCCCAGUCAUGGCCUUUGCAAGUACAACCUUCAAAGAUUAAAGACUAUUUGGUACAAAUCACACAGGAAGUGGUAACUUCAGUGCCGGAAGAAAAAGAAAAUGCUUUGAUGAAAAAGGGAGAGCUGCCCCUUAAAGGAACGGUUAGAGCCAGGAUUCAGCAGAUCACUGCAGUGCUGGAAGAAAGAAAUAAAAAGAUUUUCCGGAGAAUAAACCAAAAAGAUGUGCCCCCACCUUCUGAAGUAAUCAGGAAACCCAGAGAACCCCCCAAAAUAUUCUCUAGGCAAGGCAUCUCUGUAUCUUUAAGGCACAUUGAGCGAGAUGCCCCAGAUAAGAAGAACAAGAAGGAAAUUCUUUCUUAUAAUCUCAGGCAUGUGCAGACCAAUAUUUCAAAGUCUGGUGCAUCUGUUCCAUACAACAGAGAUGAAAAGCGAGCACAAAGGUCUUUUCUGUCAGAAACCAUAAAUAACUCUAACCAAAAGCUACCAUCACUACGCUCAUCUGACCAAGCAAAAAAGCUGGAUACCAAAAUACAUUCACCUGUAAGGCAAACUACAAUCCCGGAACAGGCAAGCUUUUCUCUGUCAGACUGGAGUGACAAAACAGGGCAAAGAGACAAGCCAACUUUGCUUCCUGGAACUGUAACAAUCACUACAGAGAAGUUAUCCAACCAUUUUGUUGAAACAGAGGAACAGAAAAUGCAGGAUCAUUCAUCACUGACCACAAAGGGGACUGGAAUAGCAGAAGAAUCAAAGACUCUGCCAACGCAGGAGGCAACUCAGUUUCAUUCCCCUAUUGCUGCUGAGCCCCUUUCUUACCCUGCAAAUGACAUAAAUAAUCAUUCUGAUUCAACUGUAACUGUACUAUCUGAACCAGCAACUCAGGGUAUGGUGUAUCCAGAUAGUGCUGGGGACAUGCAGCCUAUACAUGAAAAAUCAAUUUCACCUGAUGUUAGAAACAAAGAUGCUGAGUCCACUAUUCCUACACAAAUGGAAGUGAAAAAUGCAGCCUUGUUGCAUCCCACUGAAGAAACAGGGAAGCAAGGGAUUCCUCAUUACUCACCUGAAGCUUCAGAGUCUGUGCCUGAACUGGCAGAAUCACUACUUUCUGUUAGUGAUACCAAAAAGGAAGAGUUGGAGGUGGGUUAUUCAAAAAAGGAAGAUACCCAGGAGCAACUGGCCAUGCUUUUCCAAGCAGAUUCAAAGCCUCUGCACUCAUUGCAUCUGGUGAAAGAAACUGAUGCUGGUGACUCUGAAAGUGUACCUGAUUUAACUAUACUGAGUGGAACAGAAAUACAGGAGCAAUCCAGGACUGAUUUGUAUAAAAUGGCAGAAGAAUACUCUGAUCUUCCACAGCCCUUAUAUUUUACAGGUCAAGAAGCUGAGCAAAAAGAAGAGCAUCUGCAAUCAGAUUUGGCAGAACAAGCUGCUCAGGCACAGAUAUCUGUGAUCACAUCAGCGGAACCGGAGCAUCCAGACAUGUCACAGCCAAGAGGCAAUGCAGAGAAGGAGACUGCACUGCUGGAGGCUUCAGAAUCAUUUUUCCCAACUCAUGAUGCAGAGAAAGAAGAAACUCACCAACUCUCUGCAGCAGUAGCACGAUCAGAGAAUGAGCAUCCUGUUAUCUCUGAACAUAUAAAGGCACCACAGGGAUUAGAACCCUUAGAGCUCUCACAUAUUGGAGGUAAGGAAGUAAGUCUGGGCUCCCUGGUGGAAGCAUUCAACUCAUCUGAACAGCUGCCAUCUGUUUCAUCUCAUCUCACUGAGACUUCAGAAAAACAGGAAGCCCAGCCAUCCCCACUAAUAAUUGCAAGGCCACUACUGGAGCAGCCAGACUCAGGUCUACCAUGCCCAGCAAAGCAAAGGGAGGAGCAAAACAACCUGUCCUUUGUUCCUGAGACAGUUACUGUGAUGCCAGAAGCCUCUCCUCUACCCACUCUGGCUGUUCAAAAUGCUGAAGUUGUAGAAGCAGAAAUCCAGUCUUUGUCUCCCACAGACAUUCCCUCAGAAGAAAUAGUGCAUCUUUCAAGAGAAUCAGAUCUUGUCAAAGACAGGAAAGCAACCCAGCUCAUUUCACCUUUGUCUACAGAAUCUUGGAAUGAAGCAUCUGCUCCAUCUCAAGGAGAAGAAAAGUUAGAAGAACAUCUCCAUCCAUGUAUAAAUGAAAAACUAUCUCUGGCAGAUAAAUAUGAAAUCCAUCCCACCAUAAAUGAAGGUGAGCAAGAAGAAAAGAUUCCUUUGCCUGCAACUAUGCAAUCUGAUCUGGAUCAUUUGGUAAAAUCUGAAUCAAGAAAGCAGAGUAUGGAACAGAAUUCCUCUUUGGUAGAAAAAAUUCCACUGUCUCCUGCUGAUCAACUGGAUAACAAAGACUUUCAUCCUGACAAACCCAUCACCAGUCUGUUGCAUCCAGAUUCAGUGCCGUCUGUUCCUGUUUUGGAAAAACAAGAAAAACAACAAACCAAAGCUGAGCAAACUUUUCAGCAGCUAUCAGAUACAGUUCUAUCAGAACAAUCAGGUAUAUUGCAGUUAGUAGAUGAAACAGAAAUAAAGGGGACCCCUAUUCAUUUGCCUGAAACAGUUCAAGAUUCAUCACAGUCAGCUUAUUUAAUGGAAACACAAGAAGAUCAGUGUGUUUCAACAGACAGACCAGCCCUAGAUUCUGGAUAUUUAAGUAUACCAUACAAUAUGGCUGAAGCAGAGAAAUAUGACACAACAGAAACAGAAACAAAACAUACUGUAAAACAAGCUAUUCAGGCUGUAUCAGCAGAUUUAGAAGCAGACUACCAAGAAACAGAGUUAAAAGGAGAAUUAGAAGAAAAGGUUCCUGCACUUGGAUCAGGAAAACAUUUAGAUCUAUCCUCUCCAAUUCCAAGCACAGAGGAAGACCUUCAGUCACACAGGCCUGUGCUUCCAGAACUGAAAGAAGACCAGCCUGUUUCAUUAGAAAGAGAAAAAGAAGACAUCAAACUUCAUUCACUCAUAACUCCGGUAUCAAAACUGGAACAGCCUAUUGCUGGUCCAGAAACCCUCAGAAAUGAAAACUAUUCAUGUGAUAUUUUGAACAAAGUACCUAACACAUCUCCAAUAAUUUCACCAUUGGUUCCUGAUAAAAUAAAGGAUCAGGAAAUUCUCACAAACCCCACAGUAAGUUUAGCACCGACCACAGAGCAGCCGAACUUUAUUUCACCACUUCUUGAGGACAGAGCCAAGAUAGAAGAAAAUGAGUUCCAUCAGUUUCCUGAGACUCCACAAAUGGUGCCAAAGGAAACACGGCCUUUGAGAACUGCCCUGCAUGGUGAAGCCAGGGAAGAGCUACUGAAUUCCUUCACGACCACAAAGACUGAGCUAGAGAUACAAAGUUCUAUUCUAGAAGAUAUGAUUUCCGAAAAGGUAAAUGAAAUAACUCCUCCUUCCUCAGUGUUGACAGGACAGGUUUCUAGCAAUGUUGAGUUAUUAUAUACUCUUGCUGAAGGAGAGGAAGAUCAUCCUCCUUCACUCCUGGAGGAGCCAAAGCAUAUAGUUGUUGGAGAGCUAGAUAUGAAAGAUGUUCAACCUCAUUUGUUUGUUACUGGGCAAUCAGAAAUGACCAACCAAGAAAACAAGCCACAGCACACUGUGACAUCAGAGCUAGAAGAUGUGUCCUUAAGUUCCAGUGAGGAGGUCAGGAAACAAGACACUCCUUUAUCUUUACCUUCUGUGGAACCAUCAGCACCCAUACAUCUGGAAUUAUUGUACCACAAGGGAGAAAACCAGGAAAGGAUAACAUUAGAGGUUGAACAUUCAAAGGAGCACAAUGCUCCUUUGAGAUUAUCUAUUCUGCAACAGGAAUCAGAGCAUCUACAUUUACUCCAAUCAGCAAAUGAACCACAUAUGCAUGGAAUUCAGCCUUACUCUUCUACAGUUAGUCAAGAUUCAUCCACAGUAACUGAUAUGACAGGAACACUGGAACAUCAAGGCCAUCCAUCUAAAACCACAGAAGGUGAUUCUGAACUUCCUGCGUUCUGCUCACUUGGGAUAGAAAAUCAGAACUCAAACCAGAUACCACCUUUUAUCACCAUAAAGGAGGAGCAUGAAAUGAGUUCACAAAUAUCAGCACCCUCAACGUCACCCGCAUCUGCUGAAGAUAAGCAGCAAGGAACCCAGACAUAUCCUUCUGAGGUAGCAAAUGGGAUCCCAGAAGAGCCCCUGUCUCUUGCUGUAUUUCUCCUUUCUGAGGCAAAUGCAAUACAUUCCUCUUUCCCUCAGACUUCAAAAAAAGAGGCACUAGAAACUCAAUCUUUUGAGGAAGCUGGUUUAUUAACUGAAGAAGUAGGAAGCGCUACGAGAGAACCUGAACAUUCAACAAUACAUUUUAAAUCAGAAUUCCUUUCUGGAAAACUUCAAGAAGAUAUUACUAACAGAAGCUGCAUUCAAGAGAGAACAGAAGACAUCUCUGAUAUUCCUGCACUUCCUAAUUCCAUUCCAAAUGAGCUUUCUAGCGCUGUGAUACCAGAAACCAUGGAUGACACUCACAUAUACAAGCAACGUUCAACAGUAAAUUCAGUCCCAGAACUGCCAACAGACUCAGCUGCCAACAAGGCUAUAGGGAUUAGUGCAAGAGACCUUUCAAAAACAGAAGGACAAAAAUGUUUGUUUAAUUCAGAGGAAAUUUUGAGAGAGUCUAAAAAUGAUUCAGAGGGAACUUUGGAAGAUCCCGAAAAGUACUUACAAAAAGAACGGGAAUUAAAAGAUCCUAGGAAAGUGAGAGAAGAAUCUAUACUUGUUCCUGAACCUAAUCAAAGAAAAGAUACUUCUGAUAUUUCUGAAAGCAAUGAGGUAGUGAAUAUUUAUGCUUCUCUGCUCAGUCCUUUGAGUGAUAAAAAGGAAGAUGCUCAUGUGUUAAAGAGUUUAGAAUACUUGGAAACAGUUUCAUCUCUGAAAACAAGACCAUUGAGUUAUUCUGCAGAUGUGGCAGUUGACCAUGAACCUUCAGUGUGUAAGCGAAGUGGAAAAAGCUUAAAAGCAGACAAGCUUGAAAACAGGGGAAAUGAAUCAAAGGAACUUGUUGACGAAAAAGGCGUCAAAGAAAAUGCAGAAGACAAGGAAGAAAUUUCCAUUCUUCCAAAAAGCAAGGGUAUUCUAAAAAAUAUUGGUAAAGAAUACAUUGAAAAUUAUGCCUUGAUUGAUGAUACAUCCUUCACCCAGACAGGAAAAGAGAAGUCUGUUAAGGAAGUGCAGAGGCAAUUUGAUGUUACAAAGAAAAAUUUGGAGGAAGAGACAUGUCUGGCUGCAAGCUCAGAAAAUAUAUUAGACUUCUCUUUAUUACAAAGGAACUUGGAUGAAGCAUCUCAUGCAAUGGGAAAGAAAGAAAACAUAAUGGCCACCCAGGAAGGCACCUUUAAAUUAUCAAAUGAAAACAAAGUAAUUGGUGUUAUUAAGGAAACUGACAAGGACACAGAGGGUGAACUGAAUCAAGUGGGGGCUCAUUCAGAAAAAGAUAUAUUAUCUCAGUCCUCAUUAAUUCCCUUGCCUGACACUGCAGUCAGCCCUACUCUAUCAUUUUUAUAUAGUGACCUCCAUAAAGAAGUAGUGGAGGCAUCUAAAGAAGACAGCCAUGAAUGUUCAACCAGUGAAGAAAGUGGGAGCACUGAUGUUCCUCUUCCUGCCAGACAUAAUGCUCCAGAUGAUGGGACUGGAAUAUUUUUGGAAAAGGACAUUCCUGAAGACUACACUCCAAAUAAUUUGGAAGAAUCCCAGAAAGAACAUGUUCUGAAAGAUCAGCCUGUUGAUGAGUUAGCUGUAAACCAAACAAACAUCUCAGGGACAGUAUGUGAAAUAAAUAAAGAGCAUAAUGAGUUUGUUCACAUUCUAACUGAAUCAUAUGGACAGACAGAAAUUUUAGCACCAAGAGAAAUGGUGGAGAAUCUGGGUGACAAAUUGACAGAAGAGCCAGUUGAGGUUGUGAGUGAUAUAAAAGUUGGGAUUUGUCAGCCAACACAUGCAAUCCCCUUUGGAGGUAGACUGUAUGGAUCAGGUGCAAGCAAUGAUGAUGACAGUCAAAGAGAAGAAUCUAUACCUGAAGAAAGAGGCCAGGUGUUACCAGAAGAAACAAGUGAUGAGGAGUCUAGUCCAAUACUUGAUUAUGCAGCGACUGUUUAUCAGAAUGAAACACCUGUGCAACAGGAUCCAAAAGAUAUUUGUUUUGCUGUUGGCCAAAAUCAGCAACCUGAAAAAACAAUGCACAAAAUGGAUAAUGGUGACAUCAAAAAAUCUUCUGAAAUAAGCCAUCAGUCUCUUGAAGCAUCCUGCCAUGUUAACACUCACUGGCAUACUGAGGAGCAACAACCAGAAGACAAGUUAAUACCAUCCCUUGAACCUGUGUCACAAAGUACAAUUGCUUUAGAGCAUGAACAUGUUUCAUACUGGGACACUGAGCAGCAAACAUUUGGAGAAAAUAUCAACCAUGAUCUAGAUGAGCUUGACACAGAAAUAGCAGACCAACUAACACCAGAAGCAAAAACUGAGAAACCAUUUGGGGAAAUUGAUUUUUCUCUUUUGUCACAUGAUUUUGACACCCACCCUUUAUACUCAAUAAAAGAGGAGGAGUACAGUGACAUUGAGGAAGAUCUAGCUGAACUCAUGGACUAUGAAAUGGUUACCCAAGAUGAUGUUUUUCAGGCAGAAACAUCCUCAGAAAUGACUGGUGAAGAGCUGUUGUUUGAUGACAGGAAAACUUCAGACCGCAUUAGUAAUACAUAUGAAUUUGUGAAUGAAGAGGAAGUAAGCACAUAUGCUGAAGAAGAUAAUUUUGAGUUGAUGGAUCCUGAUAAGCUACUAAGAAAUAUUCCAAAGGAUGAGAUCCUACAGAAAGAAAUAGAUGAGGCACAGUUUGAUACCUAUUGCCAUCAAUGUAAAUGUCCCAUCUCGGCUGAUGACAAACUUUCUGGGGAGCAUAAACAGCAUGAGGUGACAGACUUGGAUACAGCUGUAACUGUACUGAAGGGUCAAUUGGACAGUUACCUAGAUGUUUUACAAGAGAGGUCUUUGAAGAUUGAGGGGUUUGUCAGUGAGAUAGAGGCUUUGUUCAAUUCUCUUGAGGAAAACUGUAAGGAAAAGGAGAAGCUUUUAGAAGAGCAAAAUGAAAGCAUUGUCAAGAUGGUGAUAGGGCACCAUGACAGAAAGGCAGAGAGCUUUGAAGAAGAAAGAACACAAAAAAUGGAAUAUCUCUAUGAACAGAUGGUUAAUUUUCAAGAAUAUGUUGAUACAGCAAAGGAGACACUGGAGGCAAUUAUCAAGGAAGUGGAAGACAUGGAUGAUUUUGUCUUCCUAAGGUCAUCAGAAGAAAUAAACAAAAGAUUGCUUUCUGCUGUGGAGAAUAUUCUGACUUUGGAAAAGGUACCAGAAUCAUUUUCACAAUUUGAACAUUAUGCAAGUGGUACAGCAAAUGGUGACCAGACCUUAAAACACAUGCCUGUCCCGCAGACACCAAAAUUACAGCCUCAAGAUCCAAACUCAGCUACAAGCACAUCGAUCACAGUGUACUGGACUGUGAAUGAAGACGAUGUCAUUGAUUUCUUUCAGGUUUAUUGUAUGGAGGAAUAUCCAGGCAGCAAAGAACAAAGCGGUUUGGUUGAAGAAUAUCGUGUUACCGUAAAGGAGAGCAACUGCAUUUUGGAAGACUUGGAACCUGGUCACAGCUACAGUGUGUGGGUUAUGGCUGUGAACUACACAGGAUGUAGCUUUCCUAGUCAUAAAUCCACAUUUAGAACUGCUCCCCCAACACCAGUCUUAAAGGCAGAGGAAUGCACUGUCUGUUGGGAUACAGCCAUCAUUCGAUGGAGAAGCAGCAAUCCAGAAGCCACUGAUUCUUUCACUCUGGAGUAUUGUAGGCAGUAUUCUCCUGAAGGAGAAGGUCUCAGAUCACUAGCUGGCAUUAAACGACCUGAAAUGAAAGUUCACCUAGAAUCCAAUGUAAAUUAUUUUUUCUACGUGAGAGCAGUUAAUGUCUUUGGAACAAGCGAGCAAAGUGAAGCUGCUCUCAUCUCAACAAAAGGAACUAGAUUUCACAUAAUGAAAGGAACAGCAGACCCUACAUUGCAAGUAUCUCCAAAUGGAACCAUGUUAUGCCUUCCUGAGGACAAAAAAGGCUCUAGCAUCUCACCUGUAUUAGGCGAGCUCUUGCCUGCUCAAGGAUGGCAUUACUGGGAAAUCACUGUCAGCGCUUGUGCAGCUUUCAAGGUGGGAAUCUGUUAUUCUUCUCUACCACAAGACAACAUCCUGGGACAGAACAAUACUUCCUGGUGCUUGCAUCGUUCUAGCAUAGAAAGUUUCAUAUAUGAAGUCCUACACAGUGGUGAAAUGAGCAAUGUCAUUGUGACAGAACAACCAGCCCGGAUUGGCAUUCUGCUGGACUAUAAUGCUGGAAGACUUUCAUUUUUCAAUGCAGAAAGAGGACAAGUCCUAUCUACCAUCAGGCACAGAUUCAGCCAUCCAGCUCACCCAGCUUUUGUAUUGGAACAGCCAGGAGUUCUUAACCUGCACACUGGCAUGGAACUACCAGAGUUUGUGAAGCAAAGCUAAACGUUCUCUUUGAAACCAACUUUUUCUUUGGUUAUUGCCCUCCCCGCUCCACACACACUUAAAGUACUAAAGGCUAAUAACAUGGUUUGGGAUUGUCUUUUUCCAUCUUCCUAACCAUGUUAAUUUAUAAUGGCUGUGAUUCAGAUCAAUGCUGAGAGAGCUCAAAGGCGUCAGUCAAGACCUCCAGAAUCCUUUUGUCUUCCCCAUACACACACACACACACACACACACACACACACACAUGUUAAUUUUCCUACACCACUUUGCAGAGUACUUUUCAUACUUGGGGAAGAUGUUUGACAAGCCAAUCAAGAAAGCUCCCUUAGGAGCAAAGAAAUGAAAAGGCAUGCAGGGCAGAUGUAACCAGUCUAAACACCUCUAAGGAGUCACUGGAUGGUGGCCAAAUAUUUUUCUCUUUAGCUAUUUAUGUCCACUGAGUCAUGUGCCUGAGGCAAAACUGUAAACAAGAACAUGAGAGCAGUGCUGGAGAAAAGCAAAGGGCCCUCCUACUUUACCAACCAGAUGUCCAUGAGUAGCCCACAAAGCAGGAGAUGAAUUCAGUUGCACUUCUUCUCUGCUUUUUCCAGUCAUGUUUUGUGCCUUGAAGUCAUUUCUGACAUGCAGCACCUCUAAGGUGAACCUAUCACAGGGUUUUCUUGGCAAGAUUGGUUCAGAAGGAGUUUGCCUUUGCCUUUCUCUGAGGUUGAGGGAAUGUGACUUGCCCAAGGUCACCCCAGUGUGUUUCCAUGGCUGAGCAGGGAUUUGAACCCUGGCCUCCAGACUCCUAGUCCAUCACUCAAACUGCUACACCACAUUGGCUCUACUGUGUCUUCUAUUGGCAGGAAUAUCAGGGCUAGCAACCGCUGAUAGACCUGUUUUCUGUGGGACUUUUCAUAUACUAUUUCAUAUGCGCUGUGUAAUGUAGAUCAAACUAUGCUCUGUUCCAGAGUGGUCUAAAGAAACCUGUGUUCUCACAAUAUACAUAGUUCCUCCAGCUUUGCGAGGCUGUUACCUCUGUGUCUAUUUGUCCCAUUCUUUUUAAGGGGCUGUUUGAAGCAAUUUCUUAGACCUCUUCUAAUAGUUUUUUUUUUUUAAUGAGGCACAGUUUGCUGAGGUGAUUCUGUGUUUUAAAGGGAAAACUUUCUCUCUCUGAUUUUUAAUUCCCCUCCCCUUACAGUUAUAGUGACAUAAUGCUAUUUCACAAAUGUACCAAUGUACUAUAGCAGUAUAAUUUUAACUAGAUUUUUUAAAGUUUUUUUAGAAGAGGGAGAGGAGGAGAUGGGAAAGAGACAUUUUUGUUCUCGGAGUUAAAGAGUGAGAAUAAAAUGUUACAGCUGGUGCCAAGAAUUUCGAGAAAAUAGUCUGCAGAACAGAUAUGUCAUCUGGCUGGUUUAAAAAACCCUGAGAGCUACAGCAACAAAUACUGCAGCUUCCCAACACCAGGAGCCCUGGUGGCACAGUGGUUAAAUGCUUGUAGUGCAGCCAGUCACUCACAAA